AAGGCAAUUGACGAACCCAGGGCAGAUCUGUCAGAAUCCUUCUUUGUUGGACAAUCGGUUCGGGCUAAUAUAGUUGAUGUCAAUCAAGAAAAAAGUAGGAUAACUCUUUCAUUGAAACAGUCAUCUUGCGCAUCUGUAGAUGCUUCUUUUGUCCAAGAGUACUUCCUCAUGGAUGAGAAGAUAUCGGACUUGCAGUCAUCUGAUAUUACUAAAAGUGAGUGUAACUGGGUUGAGAAAUUCUCCAUUGGGGGUUUGAUGAAGGGAACCAUACAGGAACAAAAUGAGCUGGGUGUGGUGGUGAAUUUUGAAAAUAUUAAUAACGUCCUUGGUUUUAUACCUCUGCAUCAUAUGGGUGGAGCUACUUUGGUACCCGGUUCUGUUGUCAAUGCAGUUGUUCUUGAUCUUUCGAGGGCAGAGAGACUAGUCGAUUUGUCUUUGAGGCCUGAACUCAUAAACAACUUGAAUAAGGAGGUGUCCAACAGUCAAUCAAAAAAGAAACGUAAAAGAGGAAUCUCCAAGGAACUUGAAGUCCACCAAAGGGUCAGUGCGGUUGUAGAGAUUGUGAAGGAGCAAUACUUGGUUUUGUCGAUUCCAGAGUAUGAUUACACUAUAGGAUAUGCAUCAGUAUCGGACUAUAACACACAGAAGUUGCCAGUGAAACAAUUUUCCACUGGACAAAGUGUUGUUGCUUCUGUUGAGGCUGUGCAAAACCCUUUAUCCUCUGGGAGGUUGCUUUUACUUCUUGACUCUGUUUCCGGGACUUCUGAGACUUCCCGUUCUAAGAAGGCAAAGAAGAAAUCCAGCUGUGAAGUUGGUUCUGUUGUCCACGCCGAGAUUACUGAAAUAAAGCCUUUUGAACUUAGAGUAAACUUUGGCCACAGUCUCCGAGGAAGAAUCCAUAUAACUGAGGUAACUGAUGUUAGUACAAGUGAAGAACCUUUUGCCAAAUUCAGAGUUGGGCAAUCAAUGUCUGCAAGGGUUGUUGCAAAACCGUGUCAUACUGAUAUUAAAAAGAGUCAACUUUGGGAGCUCUCUGUAAAGCCUGCAAUGCUUAGAGAUUCCAGUGAGUUGAAAGAUAUACAAGAGAGUGAACAACUUGAGUUUUCUGCUGGACAAUGUGUCAGUGGAUAUGUCUACAAAGUGGAUAAGGAAUGGGUUUGGUUAGCAAUAUCUCGCAACGUGACGGCACGCUUGUUCAUUUUGGACACUGCAUCCGAAGCUCAUGAACUUGAGGAGUUUGAAAGGCGUUUUCCGGUUGGUAAAGCUGUUUCAGGUUAUGUUUUGACGUACAAUAAAGAGAAAAAAACGUUACGGUUGGUUCAGCGUCCACUACCUGAUAUCCACAAAAGCAUCGCCAAUGGUGUAGGCAGCAAAAUGGAUAAUCUAGACAGUAGCAUUCCUGGUGAUGAUGGUACUCUUUUUAUUCAUGAAGGAGACAUUCUGGGUGGAAGAAUUUCUAAGAUACUUCCUGGUGUUGGUGGAAUUCGUGUGCAAAUAGGUCCUUAUGUAUUUGGGAGAGUUCAUUUUACUGAAAUCAAUGAUUCAUGGGUCCCCAAUCCAUUAGAUGGUUUCCGUGAAGGCCAGUUUGUGAAAUGCAAGGUCUUAGAAAUCAGCAGUUCUAGUAAAGGGACUUGGCAAAUUGAACUCUCAUUACGGAAAUCACUAGAUGGCAUGAGUUCUGACCAUCUCUCAGAAGAUUGUAGUAAUAAUGACAAUGUUUGCAAGCGUUUCGAGAGGAGUGAAGAUCUUUCUCCUGAUAUGGGCGUCCAGGGUUAUGUCAAAAAUACAAUGUCGAAAGGUUGUUUUAUUAUACUUUCAAGGACAGUCGAGGCAAAAGUUCUACUUUCCAAUCUAUGUGAUACUUUUGUUAAGGAUCCCGAAAAGGAAUUCCCAGUAGGAAAACUUCCAUUAUAUUCCAGUGAGUUGAAAGAUAUACAAGAGAGUGAACAACUUGAGUUUUCUGCUGGACAAUGUGUCAGUGGAUAUGUCUACAAAGUGGAUAAGGAAUGGGUUUGGUUAGCAAUAUCUCGCAACGUGACGGCACGCUUGUUCAUUUUGGACACUGCAUCCGAAGCUCAUGAACUUGAGGAGUUUGAAAGGCGUUUUCCGGUUGGUAAAGCUGUUUCAGGUUAUGUUUUGACGUACAAUAAAGAGAAAAAAACGUUACGGUUGGUUCAGCGUCCACUACCUGAUAUCCACAAAAGCAUCGCCAAUGGUGUAGGCAGCAAAAUGGAUAAUCUAGACAGUAGCAUUCCUGGUGAUGAUGGUACUCUUUUUAUUCAUGAAGGAGACAUUCUGGGUGGAAGAAUUUCUAAGAUACUUCCUGGUGUUGGUGGAAUUCGUGUGCAAAUAGGUCCUUAUGUAUUUGGGAGAGUUCAUUUUACUGAAAUCAAUGAUUCAUGGGUCCCCAAUCCAUUAGAUGGUUUCCGUGAAGGCCAGUUUGUGAAAUGCAAGGUCUUAGAAAUCAGCAGUUCUAGUAAAGGGACUUGGCAAAUUGAACUCUCAUUACGGAAAUCACUAGAUGGCAUGAGUUCUGACCAUCUCUCAGAAGAUUGUAGUAAUAAUGACAAUGUUUGCAAGCGUUUCGAGAGGAGUGAAGAUCUUUCUCCUGAUAUGGGCGUCCAGGGUUAUGUCAAAAAUACAAUGUCGAAAGGUUGUUUUAUUAUACUUUCAAGGACAGUCGAGGCAAAAGUUCUACUUUCCAAUCUAUGUGAUACUUUUGUUAAGGAUCCCGAAAAGGAAUUCCCAGUAGGAAAACUUGUGACUGGCAGGGUUUUAAAUGUGGAGCCUUUAUCUAAGCGGAUAGAAGUCACUUUGAAGACAGUAAAUGCUGGUGGGCAGCCAAAAUCUGAGUCUUAUGACUUGAAGAAACUCCGUGUUGGAGAUAUGAUUUCUGGGAGAAUCAAACGCGUGGAGCCCUAUGGUUUAUUCAUUACCAUAGGUCAAACUGGCAUGGAUGGAUUAUGUCACAAAACACAGCUUUCCGAUGAUGGUAUCGAGAAUAUACAAGCUAGAUAUAAGGCCGGAGAGAGCGUCACCGCAAAAAUUUUGAAGCUUGACGAGGAAAAGCGACGUAUAUCGCUCAGCAUGAAGAGUUCUUAUCUUAUGAGUGGUGAUGAUGUCGACGCACAGACACCGUCUGAAGAGAAUGCUAAUGAAACAAACAUGGAAUGUGAUCCAAUCAAUGAUCCCAAGUCAGAAGUACUUGCAGCAGUCGGUGAUUUUGGGUUCCAGGAAACAAGCGGUGGAAAACAUAGUGGAACCUCUGUGGCUCUUGCUCAAGUAGAGUCGAGGGCUUCUAUCCCUCCGCUUGAGGUUGACCUUGAUGACAUUGAGGAGACGGACAUUGACAACGGUCAGAAUCAUGGAAAACUACAGGGAGCUGAUAAAGAUGAAAAGAGCAAGAGAAGGGAAAAGCAAAAAGACAGGGAGGAAAGAGAGAAAAAAAUACAAGCUGCUGAAGGAAGAUUGCUGGAGAAUCAUGCACCUGAGAGUGCUGAUGAGUUUGAGAAAUUGGUUAGAAGCUCUCCUAACAGCAGCUUUGUCUGGAUAAAAUAUAUGGCGUUCAUGCUCAGCUUGGCUGAUAUUGAGAAAGCCAGGUCAAUUGCUGAGAGGGCUUUGAGGACUAUAAAUAUCCGUGAGGAAGAAGAAAGGCUAAACAUAUGGGUUGCUUACUUCAAUUUGGAAAAUGAACAUGGAAGUCCUCCAGAGGAAGCUGUUAAGAAAGUGUUUGAAAGGGCUCGUCAAUACUGUGACCCAAAAAAAGUUUACCUUGCACUCUUGGGGGUGUAUGAGAGAACAGAGCAACAUAAAUUGGCUGAUAAGCUGCUUGAUGAGAUGAUUAAGAAGUUCAAGCAAUCUUGCAAGGUACAUGCUGUUUGAUCUUUAUCUUCUCAA